UGUGCCGAUAUUGUUGUAGACAAGUGUGCUAUUUGCAGGAAUCAUAUUAUGGAUCUCUGCAUCGAGUGCCAAGCUAAUCAAGCUAGUGCUACGAGCCAGGAGUGCAUUGUUGCUUGGGGUGUAUGUAACCAUGCCUUCCACUUCCACUGCAUCAGUCGCUGGCUCAAAACACGUCAAGUGUGUCCAUUAGAUAAUAGUGAGUGGGAAUUUCAGAAGUAUGGUCAUUAGAGGAUUCAACAAUUGGCAGGAGAGGCGAUUAUGCUGUUGCAUUGUCAUGUCUUUGAAUGUUAGUUUGUUCUAGUAAUACUUAUUUACAGUGCCUUUUUUUCUCUGUUUCUUUACGUAUCUGAUUCUGCUUCGACUAUCUGAUAGGAUUUAUUAGAGAGCUGGUACCUAUGUUGAUUAUAUUGUUUGGAUAAUACCAUCAAUCAGAACCACUAGCAUUCUGGCAGCCAAUGUUAUUUUACUUUUAAUUUAGAUGCUAAUUAUUGUA